AAUCCGACUCAUUUCAUGCGAUUAAAUCCUCCCCUGGUGGGCGCCUGAUCCGUAAAGACAUCGGCGGAUAGACAUUUGUUUUGAUUGGAGUCCGGCGUGAUUUCAAGAGUUGCUGAGUGCUCCGCCGCAGUCCCCCACCCUCCCCUUUCUGAAUUCCGGCGCGGAAUUUGGGGAGGUUGUUGGGGACUUCUUGAAGCCGGAAGGGACUGAUCGUCUUCUGCUCUCAUUGUGAAAGAAGUACAGACAAAGGCCAAGGAAAAGGUUCGCGAUCGAAUUUCUCUUCAAUUACAUUUCUAUUUCGCAAAAUCAUCAGGGUUCAAUGGAGAUCGUCUGGACGUCGAUCACUUGGUUUUUGGAUCUGAUUCUCGCAUUUCUUUUUUCAGAUUUUAUUUUUUAUUUUUAUUUUCAGCAUUUUACAAGAAAAAUUGAAUUAGAUUAGGAUGAAAAUUCUGAAAAGGAAUUAAAUUUUUGCUCUCCGUUUUCUAAUUGUAUGAAUUGAUAUUCUUAAUCUGUAUUUUCUUGAUGCUCAAUAUCAUCUCAGUUGUUUUAAUUUCUGUUAUUAUUAUUAUUUUUUUUCCAUUUAAGAAGCUAAUGGAAAGGACGGACAUUGUUGGUGGGCAAUCUUCUCCUGUUGCCCUGCCGGUACCACCUCCGUUGCCUGGUCCAGCAACGCCCACUUAUGACCGGCAGGGGUUAAUGAUGACUGAAUCGCCACUGAGAGGGCAUUGCUGUGUCUCUACAUCCACAAGGAACUUGUGGGAUGGUCUCUUUGAUGGAGGCUACAGAGCAGACGUUGUUGUUUAUACUGAUAAUGGCGGUGUUAUCUUUGCUCAUGCCAAUAUUUUGAGAACUGAUCCAAUCAUGCCAUAGGAGGAAGAUGUGAUAAUCAUAAUCAUGGAAAACUGAUCCAAUAAUUGUAAGUGGCUAUCGAAAACAAAUUCAUUUACUAAUAAGAACUUAAUCUGAAU